AUGCAGCCUUUGUCUGGUUAUCACGACAACCAACCGGAUGUGCUUUAUUUACAGCAGUACCUUCGCUCCGUUAUUCUACAUUCUCUAGAUACAUUCAAUUACAAGAAUGCGGAGUUUGCCUGUGAGAGACUCCUUGCACUAGAUCAACCACUGCAAUCACCAGCAUACUCCCAACAUUUAUCAUCACAGCUGCUGCUGCUGCUGCAACAACACCAACAACAACAACAACGAGAACAACUACAACUGCAACAACGUUACAAUUUAGAAUCCGUUUAUUUGUAUUGUCUAACUUUAUAUCGUCAAAACAGAAUCAAAUCUUGUUAUCGUAAGCUUGUUGAUGCCAGCAACAAAAACAUAGCAAAUCAUUUAAACCAUUUAGGCUGUUCUUGGCUUUAUGCUCGUUGUUGUCUACAGUUGAAGAAAUACAAAGAUGGAGUAGAUCAGUUGAUUCGUGUGCGUGGUCUAUAUGACAAAGAAAGAAGGUUUACCAUUGAAGAGCGAUUUGAAUACGAGCACAGCUUUGGCAACAAUAAUGGUAGCAAUGGCAGUGGUGUUAAUUUCAAUAACAGCGGAGGAAAUAUAAGCGGAAACAUAAGCGUAAGCGGGAACGGAAACGGAAACGCAAACAGCAAUAAUAACAACGACAGCUUUUUAAAACGUCGAAGUUUGCUUAGCCCUGAUGCAUCUACGAUCUAUCAUUUAUUAGGUGACUUGUACGCUGCCACGGGAGAUGUGAAGAAUAGUGCCCUAAAUUACACACAAUGUCUACAGUUGAAUCAAUUUGAUUUUGAAGCGUUUCAAAAGAUCUGCAAGUUGGGAGUCGAUGUCCGUGUGAAGAGCUUGUACAAGUUGCAAACCCAUGUAUCCGGCAGUAGUAGUUAUGGUGGCUAUGGUGGUCGUAGCGGUGGUGUUGGUGGUGGCGAUGGAGCCGUUCUGCCGUCUCAUCAGUCGUUUCAUAAUGAUGUCUCUGCCAAAAAUAUGGCUACCCCAUACAAUUCCGCAGGCAUGCAACAAGCGGUGAGCCCGCCUACAAGGACACCAAAUAUACAUGUUGACGAGUUUAAUUACUCAACGCCAAGAAUUAUUACUACGCUGGUACCAGAUGCUCCGUUGAGGAAAUCAAAUCUAAACUCCGGAUUACAUCCAAACAACGAUUUUGCAAAUACAACGGGCAAUAACACAUUUGAAUUCGCCAAACCCACCUUAACUACUUCAUCCUCAUCCUCUUCGUUCUUCCCUGAUAAUAAGAGGCGUGCUAGUCGUGCAUACCUGAAAAUUACGUCGCGUCUAAUCUCACAACCACAUACAAAUACACAUAACCAUCACAUUCACCACCCUACGGAAACUCCACACAAGAAGGGAUUGAAAAGAAAUAACUCCUUAGAUGGUGCCAACAUGUCAACUAGCUCUACUAUUGCCGCUGCCUCUAAUGUGGCUGGCACAGCAGCAGCUGCAGCGUCUGCAUCGUCUGCAUCUGCGGCUGCACCGUCAUCGUCAUCAGCAAUAAUGAAUCCGGCAUCAUUACCAUCAAUCUCAUACAUCAAGGAGCUUGAAAAAGUUGAGGCAUACUUAUUAAACAAGUACCUGAUCUUUGCCAAGAGCUUCAAAUACUUUACAAUUUAUGACUGUUAUAAAGCAAUAAAGAUUCUUGAGGAGUCAAUUAGUGAAAGUGAUAGAAAUACACCAUGGGUGUUGAGUAAGUUGGGGAGAUUGCACUAUGAAGUGGCUCAGUACAAACAAUCAGAACAGUAUUUUGAAAGAUUACGAAAAAUAGAUCGAACACGUUUGGAGGAUAUGGAAUAUUACUCUACUCUAUUGUGGCACUUGAAAAAGAAAAUUGAACUUACUUUUCUUGCAAAUGAACUCCAUGAUAUUGAUGCGCAUAAUGCUAUAACUUGGUGCGUGAUUGGGAAUCUAUUCUCUCUCAACCACGAAACCGAAGAAGCCAUAAGAUGUUUCAACAAAGCCAUCAAAUUGAACGACACAUUUUCCUAUGCAUAUACGCUCAAGGGACAUGAGCUAUUUUCAAGCGACUCGUAUGAGACAGCUUUGGAGAAUUUCCGAUUAAGCCUUUUACACGAUUCAAGACACUAUAAUGCACUCUAUGGAAUUGGUAUGAUCUAUAUGAACUUGGGCGACUACCCCAAGUCAGAAUACUAUUUCCGCAAAGCUAUGGGAAUCAAUCCUAUAAAUCAUGUGCUAGUCUGUUGUGUUGGAAUGAUUAUGGAAAAAUUGGGGAAAAAAGAGUUGGCACUCAAGCAAUACGAACUAGGCUGUAAAUUGCAACCAAAUAAUCCAUUACCGUUGUACAAGAAGGCUACUGUACUUUAUACCAUGGAAAAUUUCAUACAAGCGAAGGAGUGUUUACAACAAUUGGUGCGAACUGCACCAGACGAACCUACUGUGCAUUUCCUACUUGGAGAAGUCUUGAAUCGGAUGAAUGACCGUGUUGGUGCAUUGAAGGAGUUUACUAUUGCUGCAAACCUCGACCCCAAGGGCAAUUACUUGGUCAAGGAAGCAAUGGAGCAGCUGCUGGAGUGA